AUAGUCCAUGUAAUGCAUUUCAGAGCUUAUGAAUUUUUCGUAAGUACUAUUUUAUAUUAUUUAGAUCGCGGUAUAUAUAUGAAUAAUUCUUUGUGUCGCGCUUUUUGUACGCCGUCUCAGUUCGACUGCGGCUUUGGGGUUUUUUCGUCAAUAUUAUGCCACAAUUGGCUCAAUGCGGUGCUUGAGGAUUCUUUGCGGCAUUGCUGUCACAAUUUUCUGUAUGUUGGAUUUGCAUCAUGUCAUGGCCGAGGUAUUUGUUUCCAUGGCGGACGUGGAAACGCUCAUCACCACCGAAAAAUUUGUCUUGGAUGCACUGCAGACUCUUUUGCGACAGGAACAACAAAAAUUGACGAAAGCUUUGCGCUUCACGAAUCGAAUCCGAAUUCGAGUGGGAGAUAUCAGUGCUAACGCGACCGAUGAACUUCGGGAUUCCGUCACAACGUUUCAGAUACUGAAGCAGUACUCAUCCGAUUUCAGCCCCUUCAUAGACUCCGUUUCUGUUGAUACUUUUACCGAAUGCAAAUGGUCCAUCGAGAGGCUGCGCUCAUCCCAUGCAUUCCCGGAUCAAGAGGACAUUGGAGGUAACGCUGACGCCUUUGCUCGACUGCAGCUGGCGUACCGCAUCCACCCCCAGGAUAUCGCCCGGGGCCGCAUUCCCGGCACCCGUCCAACCAUGCCCUUUAAUUCACGGGAAGCCUUCAUUAUCGGACACAACCAAGUCUUGAAUAAAUACUUCAACUCGGCGGCAGCCUGGUUGCAAGCGGCACUGGAGAUCUACCAUGAAGAGGUGGAGAAAACCGGUGACCUUCCGGAAAUCUUGGACUGGCUGCAGUACGCCAUCUAUCAAGAUACGGGAAAUGCGGUGCGCGCGCUGGAAAUAACCCGACAAGUGCAAAAAAUCGACCCGACGUAUCUUAAUUUACAAAUCAAUAUUGACCACUACGAAAACGUGAUUCGGGAUCUGACGGAUGGGGAACUGGCAGUAUUCCGCAGUGCACCCAAUGCGACGGAAGCAUUUGAUACUGACUCAUCGGAUUACGUGAACGAGAGGCAUGCAGCCUACGAAGCGUUGUGUCGAGGGGAAGAGCGUUUGACUCCCGCCCAGACUCGAGAACUGAAAUGUUACUACGAGACACAUGGAAAUCCAUAUUUAUUAAUCCAACCUGUCAAGGUGGAGAUGGUGAACAAAGACCCGGAGAUAUUCGUCCUCCACAAUGUUCUCUUUGACUCCCAAGCAGCCCGCAUUCGCGACGUGGGCUACGAGCAUUUGAAGCGUGGUCGUAUUAUGGAUAAGAAAGAAGGCACCGGAGUCGUUUCCAAAGUCAGGAUAGCAAAAAUAGCAUUUCUGCCGGAAUCAGUGGAUCCGGUAGUUGCCGAGGUCAACCGUUACAUCGGUCACGCUACUAACCUGGAUAUCAGCAUAGCGGAGAAUUUACAGAUCAAUAACUAUGGUAUCGGUGGCCAUUAUUCCGCGCAUUAUGAUUUCUUCGCCAAUGUGUGGGAUCCAUCCGCACCGCCCAAGGGACCCAUACUCAACUUCACCAUAUGGGGCGACCGUAUUGCGACUUUUCUAGCGUACAUGACCAAUGUGGAGGCCGGCGGCGCCACCGUGUUCCCGCGUCUGAAUUUAACGCUCUUCCCGGAAAAGGGUUCCGCAGCGUUUUGGUACAACAAGUUUAAGGACGGCCAACCGGAUCCGCGCACACUGCAUGCCGGGUGCCCGGUGUUGUCCGGCAUCAAAUGGGUAUCCAACAAGUGGAUCAGGGAGAAAGGUCAAGACCGGCAACGACCGUGUGGACUGGCACCUGAUGGGUUUGCAGACAUAGCAGAUGUUCUGGAUGAGUUCGGUGAUGGCGUUUAGUGUGUUACGCUAAGCGGAAAAUCGUGAUAGUAUUGCACACAUUUCUGUGAUGAUAACAUUAAGAUGCAUUAAGAUGUAAAUUUUAAAAAUAACCGACAAUUUUUGAUCGAAGUGAGUA